AUGAUGUUAACAACGACGAUACAUUAUCAUAAUUAUACGGAAAUCGAUUACGUGCCCACGACAUUUCCAACAAAUGUUUGCGAAAAUCAAACAGAAUCAUCACCGGAGACGAUCGAAGACCGAAUCAACGUUGUUGUUCCAUAUCUAGUCGUUCUAGGGAUCAUUGGAAAUGGUCUUUCCGUUUUAACAUUUGCACAACGUAAAUUACGAACACUUUCUUGUGGUUGUUAUCUCUUACUACUCGCUAUUAGCGAUACAUUCGGCUUGUUAAUCAUGUCACGACCGUAUUUCUUCAAACAGAUGAAUUUGGUGCAUCAUCUAGACUCAAGCUUUUUCUGUGGUCUCCAUUUAUUUCUAACGAAAAUAUUUGAUGAAUUAACACCGUGGUUGUUAGUUCUAGUAGCAUGCAAUCGUCUCGUUCUAUCACGUUAUCCACGAAAUGAUCAAUGUUUUCAAACCGCGCGUGCUGCACUUUGGAGUGCGUUAUGUCUCCUAUGCAUAAUCAUACUUAUUAAUUCACAUCUACUAUUCGGGAUUGGUGUGGGUUAUUCGGUCUUACAACCAUGCAUAGCUGUGUGUGGACCAUUGACAAAUUCACCAUACUACUUAUUUUUCUACAAAAAUGUCAGUCCAAUCAUUGAUCUCUGCUUGAGUUUGAUCAUCCCGUUUUGUCUCGUUUUUAUUGCCAAUAUAUUUCUCUUAGCCAAUGUUAGACGUGUGAAAACCAAAGUCGUUCGUGUACGUCGACGAAAACGAGCGAAUCGCAAUGCUCGCUUGAGUAUUGUCUUACUUGCUGAUUUAAUCACCUUUCUCAUUGUUAGUUUACCGGUGUUAUCUGUCGAAUGUAUCUAUCGUUUCACUCGCACAAUUGAAUACAAUGAAAAACUCGAUGAAUACAUUUCCAUAGCGUGGACUAUUGUGAACAAAAUUUUCUAUUUAAACUAUUCCUUAUCGUUCUAUUUCUACGUUCUAUCGUCGUCAUACUUUCGUCAUCAUUUUCUUCUUGCAAUACGUUGCAAAAGACUCCAUGAUUUGCUCUUCAGCGGAAGCAUCAAAGAAAAUCGUCUGUCUGUUGAUAUAAUCACCAAACAGCGCACGAGUCGUUUGUUUUCUACGCCAAAGAUUGUUACUAAACAAAACGAGUAUGAUGUGACCUCGUCGCCAGAUAUACAAAAUCAUCCGAAUGGCACCAAUGAGCUCGUUCCUUUACGUCAAAGUCAGACGGCACUAACCUCAAUCAAUGGUGACCCAUCGGCGAAACAAACUUAA